CUGCCUAAGUACAGUCGGAUCUUCUUAGCACAGCAGUUGUCUUUCCGACGCCCUUAAAAGGAAAGGACGUAGGAUGAACCUUUGGAACUCGGCCUCAAUAGGCUAUGAAUUAACCCUCCAGAUGACUGCUGUAGUUGUGAGGGUGCACUGAGCCGCUGGCGUAAUCAGUAGAAUGUUGUUUGGUCAUAGUGGAUUUUCAUUUUAAGUGUUAACUGAUCAGCGGCGCUCAGAAUUGAAACUGAAAUUCGACCCGGCUGCUCGGAGCCGGUGAUAGUGUGCGGCUGGUUUCUUUUGCCGAGUCUGCUCCGGUUCACCCUGUAUAUGUUUAUUAUUUGAGGAGGAGUAAGCAGCCAAGCAACUACAGUCUCAUGUUCAUUUAGUUUCUGCCUCUCUUUCUUUCGAGAUUUUAGAUUAAUACUACCUUCUUCUUCUUCCUAGUUAAAGUCGGCGUAGAACUUUAAAGGACGUCAAACAAUCCACUCGUUUGGUCGCUAAGCAGCUAAAUUAACACGCUAGGCUUGUAACUUUUACUUAAUAAGUCAGGCAGUUGGUGUUUAACAUAUUAAUAAUUCACCAUACAUCAAGCAGUAACCGUGAAGUAACUGUUUUCUGAAUAACAUGCCUCAGAAGCGGCGGUCCCAGUCUUGGGCAGAGCUGAAACAAACUGGCAACGACUGCUUUAAGACCGGACAAUAUGGAGACGCCAUCUCAUUCUACAACCAAGCCAUCGAGGUGCUGAAGAAAUCGGGUCAGAAGAACCAGGAAGAUCUUGGAAUUUUAUAUUCAAAUCGGGCAGCUGCUUACUUGAAAGAUGGAAAUUGUAGUGAAUGCAUUAAGGACUGCUCAGUAUCUUUGGAACUGGUUCCAUUUGGGAUUAAAUCACUGUUACGCCGUGCUGCAGCUUAUGAGGCUAUGGAGAGAUACAGACAAGCCUAUGUCGACUAUAAAACGGCCUUACAGAUUGACUGCAACCUGCCUGCAGCUCAUGAUGGAACCAACAGAAUGACAAAGGCACUGACGGAGAUGGAUGGACCAUCUUGGCGAGAAAAGCUUCCUCCUAUCCCGACUGUUCCCAUGCCAGUAAAAGAGAAGUUUUUGCAAACUGCAACCUCAAGUAUAACUGCACAGCAGAACAACCUAAAUGGAAAUAAACAAACAGGUGGUGAUCUGACAAAGGCCAAACUGCUAAAGGAAGAGGGGAAUGCAUUUGUGAAGAAAGGACAGCAUAAGAAGGCAGUGGAGAAAUACACACAAUCUCUCAACCAAGACCCUACUGAGGUCACAACCUACACAAACAGGGCUCUGUGCUAUCUGUCACUACAAAUGUAUAAGGAAGCAGUGAAGGAUUGCGAGGAGGCUCUUCAGCUGGACCCAGCUAAUGUUAAAGCCCUGUACAGACGUGCACAGGCACACAAGGAGCUGAAGACCAAGAGACCUUGCAUGGAGGAUCUUAAUAGCUUGCUCAAAAUAGAGCCCAACAACACUGCUGCACAGAAGCUAUUACAAGAAGUACUGAAGAUGAAAUAACUUUUGCAUUACCUUAAGUGCCCCAAGUUAUCCCAGUUUUCCAAUGUGCACCAUUCCUUUGAUACAUUCAGACUGGUUACUUAAAAGAGGGAUGUUUGAGGUGAUAAAGUAAUUUCAUGUCCAAAUACUCACUGGUCACUUUAAUAGGAACUUGUUAUUGAGUUUAAGAUUCCUGGUAUUGGCUGGCAGGACUGGAACCUAAUGUGGUUUUCUGCUCACCAUGGUUGGAAAGUUACUGUAUCCUUCCUGGCAGCUUGAACCAAUCUGGCCAUUUUCCUCUGACCUCUUAAGGUGUUCCCACCCACAGAACUGUCACUUUUUUCACACCAUGCUGUGUAAACCCUAGCAGUUCCUGAAAUACUCAAACGAGGGCAUCUGGCACCAACACCCAUGCCACAGUGAAAGUCUCAUCACAAUUUUUCCCCAUUCUGAUUGUUGAAGUGAACAUUAACUUGAUUUGCCUGCAUAACAGGUGUAUGGGUGUUCCUAAUAAAGUGGCCAGUGAGUACACUGAAUCAGCUUCCUGUUCUUUAAGUUUAUAGGGUGUAUUUGGGCCAGGCACCUCAAUACAGCAAUAUUAAUCUACAUAUACCAAUCAUAAGUGCUUGUCAGAAAUAUACCAUCAAUUGUCUAGUCUUUGUAUAAAACAGCAAGAAGUCAUGCAAUUAAUGUAUACUUUCAUCACAAUGCAGGGGUUUGUACUUCCCCCCCCCCCCAAGGUUCAGAUAUUUAAAACUUCAAAUAUUGGAAGUUCACUAUCUAAGUUCAGGGAAAUCAAUUUUGUAAAAUGAAUAAAAUUUGCAGUACAUUGCCACAAAUGUCCCUCAGUUAUUUACAUGGGCGUAUGAAACUUGUGCCGGCUUAAAUCUUUGAUACACAAUCACUGAGCUCAAUUAAUGAACUAGAAAUAAGGGCAUAAAUUUUAGGCUAGGUAUUUUAAGUGCACAACUGAAACCUACAAGAGUCACUUAAAUGCAUAAUACUGCCACUUGAUCCUCAAUACACAUGCAAAUGAAGACUCAACCAAGACAAAUUUGGAACCAAUAAAACUUUUAUUUCACUUUAAA